AUGGCUCCCUCCAGGUUUAACGUCCUGGUCUACACCGGAAAUGGAACCACCGUCGAAUCCGUCCGACACUGCCUCUACUCCCUCCGCCGCCUUCUAGCCCCUCACUACGCCGUCAUCCCCGUCACAGCCGACCAACUGCUCCACCAGCCCUGGUCUCCCUCCUGCGCCCUGCUGGUCUUCCCCGGCGGUGCAGAUCUCGGAUACUGUCGCGCCCUCAACGGCGCCGGCAACCGUCGCAUCGAACAGUACGUCCGUCGCGGGGGCGCCUACCUCGGGUUCUGCGCCGGCGGCUACUACGGCGCCCGCCACUGCGAGUUUGAGGUCGGUGACAAGACACUACAGGUCAUCGGCAAUCGCGAGCUCGCGUUCUUCCCCGGAACCUGCCGCGGUGGGGCAUUCGGGGGCUUUGCCUAUAACAGCGAGGCGGGUGCUCGUGCCGCGCAGCUGUCGGUCGCCCGCGAGGCGCUCAGCCCGGAACAAGUGGUCGUACCGGAGGGCUUUCGCUCAUACUACAAUGGGGGCGGCGUCUUUGUCGACGCGGGGCGAUAUGCCGAUAAGGGAGUCGAGGUCCUGGCUCGUUACGCCGAGGAGCUGAACGUGGAUGCGGGCGAAGACGGCGCCGCCGUGGUCUACUGUCGGGUGGGCGACGGGGCUGCCAUUUUGACGGGGCCGCACCCCGAAUUCGCGGCCGUGAACCUCGACCGCAAGGCCGGCGGCGCCGAGUAUGGAAAACUCAUCGACGCCAUCGCGGCGGACGACAAGGCGCGCACGGACUUCCUCAAGGCCUGUCUGGUCAAGCUGGGGCUGCAGGCGUCGCAGUCCACCACCACCGUACCGUCCCUCUCCUCCCUGCACCUGUCUGCCCGGGACCCGGCUGACACGGCUCCGCUCCUAGCGUCGCUGCGGGAAGCUGUGACGGCAGACGGGCCGCAAGAGUACCUCAAGGACGAGAACGACACGUUCCGCAUCGAGAAGCCGGGCGCGUGGAGCAUGGACGGGCUGAGCGACACCCUGCCGGGCCAGCAGGAGGGGAUCGUCGAUUACCGCACGGUUGAGAAGCGGCUGAUCGUGCACGACGACGUACCGGGGUCCAAGACGACCCCGUCGUUCAACCACCACGCGUAUUACGCGAAUCUGCGGGAGUAUCAGGGGCAGUCGCGCGAGGGGGCGAGCGAGUUCGGGUCGCACCUGAUGUACGGGGAGGUGAUCACCAGCACCAACACCAUCCUCGAGAAGAACCCGAAGCUGCUGCGGCAGCUCCCCAACGGGACGACCGCGACGGCCACAACGCAGGUCGCCGGGCGCGGACGCGGGUCCAACGUCUGGGUGUCGCCGGCGGGAGCGCUGAUGUUCUCGACGGUGGUACACCACCCGAUCGACAAGCUGCAGUCGGCACCAGUGAUCUUCAUCCAGUACCUCGCCGCAAUGGCAGUCGUGCAGGGGAUCAAGUCCUACGACAAGGGCUACGAAGCCAUGCCAGUCAAGCUCAAGUGGCCGAACGACGUGUACGCGCAGGACCCUGACGCGACAGCCACAAACCAGUACGCCAAGAUCUGCGGGAUCCUAGUGAACUCGCACUUCUCCGGGCGCGAGUACAUCUCGGUCGUAGGGAUCGGGAUCAACGCGACGAACGCAGCGCCAACGACGUCGCUGAGCGCGCUGGCAGCGCGGUUCGUGGGACCGACGGCGGCGCCCAUCACGCUGGAGCGGCUGCUGGCGCGCGUGGUGACGACCUUCGAGGAGCUGUACACCCGGUUCCUGCGGACGGGAUUCGACCGGGGCUUCGAGGCGAUGUACUACGCGGACUGGCUGCAUACGAACCAGGUAGUGACUGUGGAGGAGGUGGGCGGGGCGCGGGCGCGCAUCAAGGGCAUCUCGCGGGACUACGGGUUGCUGUUGGCGGAGGAGCUGGGAUGGGAGGAUCGGGGGACGGGCCGGGUGUGGCAGUUGCAGAGCGAUAGUAACAGUUUUGAUUUCAUGAGGGGGUUGGUGAGGCGGAAGAUAUAA